GUUCGCUCAGCACAAGAGAGUUUCUGCAGAUUGACGUCUGCUGUAAACGUUGCGAUGAGAUGUUUUAACUAUUUAUACAUUUUAUUUUCAACUAUUUGACUGUAGUCCCAUGCACGGGAAGUUCUUAAUUUGGCGUUGGGAUGAUUAAAUCAUCAUUCGUUCUGCAGUGAUGGACAACAUUGAAGACGUGGACACUUUGGGAGAGAAACUGUAUAAUGUCCUACAUCCCAAAUACACAGACAUGACACCUAAACUGACAGUUCUCUGUUCUCUGAUUGGCUGCAGGUAUGUUGCUCGAGCUGCCUGCUUCUGUAGUGAAUGAGAUGCUACAGGAUGAAGCUCUGCUGAAUAAAGCAACAGAGAGAGCUCUGAAUGCUCUGACGUCAUCGGACAACAGUGAAGGUGUGUCUCAGACUGAUGAUGGAGCAUCUGUGUCCUCAGAUUCUUUGGGAGAACAGCUGUAUGACCUCAUUGACCUCCUAAACACGGGACACACACAGAAAAUUACAGGUAUGUUAUUAGAGCAGAAAAAGGAUGCGGUGCUUCGGCUCCUGUCGAAUCAGACGCUCCUCGAGGAACAAGUCAAGAUUGCUUUGAAAACUUUAAAAGAGCAGGGUGAAGAGGUGACGGACGUGAGUGACGGCUCUGACCCAGAGGAAGUGGAAAACAUCGGUGAGGCGCUUUUCAGUGUCGUGCAGCAGUUAGACCCCGCCCACUGUGCUGACAUCACAGGGAUGCUACUGGAAAUGGAUUCUGGAACGCUGCAACAGAUUCUGGCCAACCGGACCAUGCUGGAGGUUGCGGUUAAAAAAGCAAAAAGUGCACUGGAGAGUGCUGCAAGCCAAAGACCAUUAGAAAUGUCAAAAUGAGGCUUUACAUCUCUACAAACCAUGUGGCCUAGAGGACUGCACAUACAGGAUAGUCAGAGAAACUUGACUUGGACUCUUGGGCCCAAACUGCUGUAUGAUUUUUUGCACAACUAAAGACGCUGUUUACGUGACCGUAUAUGCAUAGAGAAUAAAACAAAACAAUUUGCCUGCAAAUUCAACAUAGAUAGAUUGAAACCUGCAUCUCUUGCAUGAACAUUCCCCGGGCUUUUGCACAUUUCAAACGGCCAUCAGCUACAUUCUUGUCUGUCUUUAUAGAUUUUAAUAUUACAUUUUUUUCUGUUAAUAAAGGAUGCAAAUGGAAUUGCAGGAUACAA